AUGGAGUGGUUAUGCUGAGCUGAUAAACUGAAGCUCAGUUUCGGGCUAUUUUUUUUUAUGGAAAAGGGCAUGAAGUUCUUGGCUUAUAAAAGCAUAUCAAUCAUUGCAUCCUGAGCUUCGAGUUUUUAUCUUUGCUGACAUUCGGACGUUUUGAUUUUUCAUUGACAUAUAUACUAUAGCCAGACGUGGUGCACCACACUGGUCGAACUUAAAGUAACAAAUUUCAGCCUGGUCCGAAUGAUUAGCACAAUUGAAGGUCUUAAUAUACGAAUUGGUGAACAAUUUGUGAAACAUUAG